AUGGACGCGGACGAGGACGAGGCGCUUCUGUUUCUCAUCCACCAACAUUUACAGAGCCGCGGCUUCACCAAAGCGGCCAAAAAGCUCCAAAAACACGUCUCUCAGGUGGAAGGAGCCGACGGACAGUCCAGUCUACAGGACAUUUACUCUGUGUGGAAGAGACUGAGUCCUGCGGCUCUGGGGACAAACGGAGACAUGAGUCCAGCAGAGGGCGCAGGGACCGGACCGGAGUCUGAACCCGGGUCUGGACUGGGAUCUGGACCGGAGUCUGAACCCGGGUCUGGACUGGGAUCUGGACCGGGGUCUGAACCGGAGUCUGGACCGAGGAUAGACCAUGAGGCUGAAGCUCCAGACGAGGACUCCGCCCAAACAGAGGACUGUGAGGAGACCGUGGUCCCAGCGCGAGACCUGAGCCCGGACCAGGAUCCAAGUCCGGACCAGGAUCCAAGUCCGGACCAGGAGCCAAGUCCGGACCAAGAGCCAAGUCUGGACAAAGAUCUCAACCAGGAGCAGGACCCUGAACCAGAGGAGGAGGCCAAAGCUGAACCGACCAAUGAAACUCCAGCAGAGACUGAAGCUCCUCCCCCUGAAGAUCCUGCAGACGAACAAACUCCAGAGACCAACGAGGACGAGGAGUCCAGGAGGAGCAGGACUCUGGUCUCACAGACUCUGCGGCGCCGGAGCCAGAGGAGCCAGAGGAGGCCAGCCAGAGGAGCCAGAGGAGGAGCCAGAGGAGCCGUCAAAGGAGCCAGAGGAGCCAGAGGAGCCAGAGGAGCCAGAAUCCACCGUCGUAAACACCUGCGCCGAAGAAAACACCGGAAAGAGGAAGAGAAAGAAGAAAAAACGACAGAAAACUCAACCGGAAACGUGCGAAGAGGAAGAGGAAGAGGAGAGUCCGACGAAGAAGAGGAGAGAGGAAGAGGAGAGGAGGAGGAGGAAGAGGAGGAGAAGAAGAAGAGGAGAGAGGAAGAGGAGGAGGAAGAGGAGGAGAAGAAGAAGAGUCCGGGCGCAGACGACGAGACGGGAGAACGAGCGGCGAAAAAACGUAAAAACAAAAAGAGGAAAAGAAAAGACGCGAGCGGAGAGAGAGACGAGGACGAGGAGGAGGAGGAGAAACGAGCGAACGCAGAGACGCCGGCGAAGAAGCGAAAGAACAAAAAGAAAGAAAACGAAGAAACGACGGAGAAAACGACAGAAGGAGAGGAAACGGUGAAAAAAAAGAAGAAGAAAAAGAAGAAGGAGGAGAGAGAAGAAGAGCAGUGUGACGCGCCGCCAGCAGAGGGCGCAACAGAACUGUCCACAGGUGUCGCUGUUCAGCCCAAAAAGAAAAAUCGAAACAGAAACAAACCGAGUCGACAGAAACGACUCAGACUGAAAGAAAAACUCAAGAACGAAACUGUGACCCCGACCGCCCUGAGUAAAGUUUUGGAGCCCGAAAAAGCGAAGAAAAAGAAAAGUGUGUUUUCCCCGGAGCGUCCAGAGGAGGCGCCGCGUGAACAGAAGAAAAACAAGAAGAAGAAGAAACAACAACAACAACAACAACAGAAGCAAACUGUGACACAAGACGACCAGCAGAGGGCGACGAGUACCAAAAAGAAUAAACCGGUGAAGGAGGCCGCAGCCGCACAAGCCACGACUUUUAAGAAAAAGAAAAAGAAAUUCCCCAAAUGAAACGACAGAAAACACAAAUGUGGAUUCAAAUUGACGCUUCUUUUCUCGACACUGGUCCAGUUCUGCCUCAGUCUCUUUUUCAACUCGAAGCUGUGAGUCUUAUUUUUUUCACACUUGUUCCUGUUUUUUAUGGGUUUUUGUGGUUAAAGUUCCGGAGCGUUUUUCUCUCUUUCUGUUUUUUUCCGUGUGAGUUUACAGAUUUUCAUUAAAAAUCUUCUACGACACAAAAGCGACUCG